AUGCUUUCUAUCCUCUCCAGGUUUCUCUGUGUGAUUCUGGCUCUCGUCGUGAAUCUCAUUAUUGCUUUACAUGGUGAGGCAGCUUUGAGUCCCGUAGGUGGCUGGCCUGGCGAGUAUCAGGGCUUUGAGUGGAGAGCUCAGCUGUGCUGUGAGCUGCGUUCAGUCGGCUCCGGGUUCCAGGCAGAGGUGCGCAGGGCCGGUGCCGACUUCAAGGCACUGAAUCAGAGCUUCAGUCACAGCAGGGGCCUCCACCUGUAUCAGUGCCACAUCCAAAACUUCACAAAUGGUGUGGAAGCCUCCAGUGAAUCACAAGCAGACUGCUUGGACAUCCUGUGCUGGCUUGAAGACAAACAAGCUAACAUGAUUUGUUAUAUAAAGCACCACAGAGCUGAUGCCACCUCUACCAACCAUCUUACUGUUAGCCUGCAGGCUGUAGCAAUGGAGUUGGAUUCGCAGACAAGUGAAAUGGGUCGCUCUCCUCGAUCCCAGUGUUCUGGGGAUGGGGCCAUCACGUGCUCUGUGACCCUUCAUGCCAGCGACGUCUCCUUCUCCCUUGUGGUCAGCGGGUCACUGAAUGACCAUUCUCUCUUGGCACCAGACAUGCACAUCAACGUCCAUCAGCUAUAUAAGCCACACCCACCAGUGAACCUGCAUUACAAUGUGAGCACUGAGGGAGAAGUGAUAUUUGAAUGGAGUGACUCACCCACUAGCCGAUAUCCACUUAACUACGAAAUCCGUUACUUCAUCCAACACUUCUCUCAAACACUGGAGGUGCUAAAGGUCCAGCAUCCGUGGGUGGCUCUGAGCUCCCUCAGUUUCGGAGGCCGCUACGUCGUACAGGUACGCUCCCAGAGGCUGCGUGAGCCGCUGGCCUGGAGCGACUGGAGCCAACCGUUCUACCUGGCACUCGAUGUGAGCUACAUCCCUACCGAGGUGCUCACCAGGCCCGGGGAUGAAGCAACUGUGUAUGGAGUGCUUCACAACCAUGGCUGGGCGGCCAGCGAGGUGGUGUGGAUGCUGAACGGUCAGGUCAUCCCAGAAAGCCAGUACAAAGUGGUCAACACCAGGGUCAGCGCAGUCACCGUCAGGUCAAAAGAUCCAGGAUUUGAUACUCUGAUGUGCUGCCUCUCAUGGGGGGAGAAAUAUAAGUGCAGCAUCGCGUACGCCAAAGUCUACACCGAAGGACUUUUUGAUGCAAACAUAACAUGUCAGUCUGAUCAGCGGUUAAGAGAUGAUUCCAUGACCUGUAAGUGGAAUAAGAGUGCAUGGGCUGUGGUUCGAUUCCUGUACAGAAGCUAUAAGAAAAUGUGUGAGGAGAUACCACAUGAGGAACGUUCCAUGGCCCAGAUGGGGGAGGAGUCUUUGUCCGGGGUGGAGGAGUGUCCGGACGGAGCGGGGGACUUUCGUGAGUGCACCCUCCGGGGCCUGAGCCUGUUUUCCUGCUACAGGGUCUGGCUGGUGGUGGAGGGGGGGCAUGGCAAAGUGAGGUCCCUCCCUGUUUUUGUAUCGCCUGUUGAAAACGUGAAACCAUCCCCGCCCUCAGACCUGACAGCAGUCACAUGGCCCAACAAAACGCUGAGUACAAUGUGGAAACGUCCCUACCUGCCUGUGUACCACCUGCAGUAUGAACUACGAUACGUCGCCUCCCAGGAGGUAGCAGAUCUGCAGUGGAAGAUUUUUGGUCCUGUCUCUGAGCCGUGGGCUGCUGUUCUGGUCCAAGACCCAUGUGUUCAGUACAAGGUUGAAGUACGCUGUCGAAGAUUUGAAGGCUCUGGUUACUGGAGCGACUGGAGCGAGUCUCAUAUCUCCUCAGUUUACAGUUCUAAAGCACCAAUGAUGGGGCCAGAUUUCUGGCGAGUUAUUCAGGAAGACAAUGCAGGGAAUUUCACAAACGUGACUCUGCUCUUUAAGCCGAUCCCAGCAGCGGACCCAGAACGUUGUGUGCUUGGACUCGUUGUUCUACAUCAGGCCUCUGGGGGCGCUGUGUGGUCAGAUGACAUAGACCUUGGCUCAUUUUACACAUUCCACUGGAAAGAAGAUGUCCAUACCAUCACUGUCAUGUCUCAUAACUCUUUAGGCUCCUCAGGCAAGAAUAGUAACUUGACCCUUGUGCGUCAGCCUAAACGACGCUGCGUGCGCUGGUUCCGCGCAGUAGCCAAUGCUACCUGUGUGUCUCUCUCCUGGGCCCUGGUGUCUGAACAGCCCUCGCCAUUUUCCUUCGUUAUCGAAUGGGUGGAGCUGAAGGAAGUCGCUGGGCUCGACGGUUCAUUGGCUGGGAGCAUCGAGUGGCUCCGAGUCCCACCCACCACCAGGGAGCUCCAAGUUUGCCAACAUUUAGACGGUGUGGAGGAGUUCCGACUGUCCCCCGUGUUUGCGGAUGGAGAAGGGGAGCCAGUGACGUGCAGAAUUCCACAGAAUGACCCUGCCGCCUACAUGCUUCUGUUGAUCAUUGCCUUCCUCUCCGUCGUGUUGCUAGUCACCCUGAUCGUCUCACAAAACCAAAUGAAGAAGAUGAUCUGGAAAGAUGUCCCGAAUCCUAACAACUGCUCUUGGGCCAAGAGAAUGGAUUUCAGAAUGCUGGAUGGCACAGAGAAUGUGUUCGGUCAUCCAGAAAGCCUUACUGCGUGCCCACUUCUGCUGAUCUCUGAAAGCAUCUGUGAAGUGGAGAUAGUGGAGAAACCCCCCCUCCUUGCGUUGGACAAGGAGCACGAGCAGGAGAACCUCCUUUUCAUGGAAAGCAGGAGAGACAAUCUGACGACAAUGGAUGGGUCACUGGAGCCCCUCUCGCUGGACGUGUCCACCGCGGCCGCCACCCCGGAGACGUCUGGCCAGUCGUCUGUGACGUACUCAGCCGUCCUGCUUUUUGAUCAGCCGGUACUUCUGAUGAAGCAGCAAAAGAGUCUGAGCAGCUCCAGCGACGAGGGCAACUUCUCCGCCAACAACUCGGACAUCUCAGGCUCCUUCCCUGGAGGCCUCUGGGAGCUUGAGAACCCUUCUGGAUCUGAUGGCACCAAUCCUCGCAACUCCUACAACUCGGUGGAAGAGUUCUCAGAAAUUUCAGAACAAGAGGAUGAAGCUUUGGAGAGCAAACAGGUGGCCAAAGAGCUCUACUAUCUGGGAGUGAAUGAUGAGGAAGAGGAGAAUGAGGAUUGUGAGGAAGAAGGAGAGGCAGGGGUGCACAAUCACAUGGAUCGAAGAGCGGGGGGUGUCGAUUCCAGUCCUCAGUUGGGAAGCGAGGAUUCCAGCACCUGUGAUUCCAAUUAUACAUCCCAGAGAAGCAUUCCUCUUUAUCUGCCUCAGUUCCAGACUGCAGCCAUUAAACACCUCAGAGAGACUGUGGAGAACAACACCCUCUAGCUGUGAUAGGAGUAGUGGUCUCUCUACUCUAGAUGGAAAUGAUAUCACAAGAUAUAUUUUGCAAACCAUCUACCCCCAAAGUGGGGGGUAGAAUUAGAAUUAGAUUGUGUAAUUUCUUCCUUAACCUCGUUCCUUACAAGUAAAUCAGAUAAAACAUCUUUGGAUCAGAUAAACUAGUGAAAGACUUUGAUAAACUAGUGAAGGACUAGUGAAAUUGGAUCACCUAAUUUUUGUUCUAAAACCCACUUUGUUGUGGUUAUCUCACCAUAUCCUUCUUCUGACCUUAAAUCUAAGUGGAACUUUAGAUGAAACAAGCCAAACAUUUGCUGGAUCAAGCUGUGUGUGUGUUGAACAGUGCCUGGAUCAGACUAUACCUGUGGACUGAACACAGUGUGACUGUGAAUGUCAAACUGAAGGUUGAAGCUGAACCUGUGAUUACUGGAAUCUGCUGCUGUUCAUCCUUGUCUCUUGGGUCGCGUCUCAUGCUUUGAAAGGCCGAAGUAAAACUUGGAAUUAUUGACUGAAGUAAGUGCUUUGAUGGAGCAGAAAAGAGGACACUUCUCAAGCAUUACAAACACAGGAAUAUUCUGCUUUAGCAGACAGUAUUUUCGGUGCUUUUGUUAUAAACAAGUGCAAUCUGUGCAGGUUAAAAUGAUUCAAAAGGCAUGCAGAAAUCCACAGAGACUAUAACUGUGUGACGGAUAUUCCUGUAUUUACAUUUGAAUACAAAUGUCUAUUUUAUCGUUGAUGUUUACAUUCUAAGAAAACUCAAGCAUUGAGUGUGAAAUGUCUGUCUAUUUUCACUGUCUGACAUUUUGUAUUGCCAACAGUUUAUGAUGACCACUGAAUGUUACUGACAGUGAUGCAGUCUACUACAAAUGUUAUAAUGGGACUAAAGAAUGUUUGUACAGUGUAUAAAUAUUUCCUGUCUAUUUUUUGGUCAGAAUAAACUAUUUAUUGCAAGCACU